ACCACUGAGUAUGCCAUGAGGGAGCACCUGAAGGCCUUUGAUGACCAGGUCAACGCUUUCUUGGACAAUAUGUUUGGGCCUCGAGACACACGUGUCCGGGGCUGGCUACUGCUGGACUCCUACCUGCCCACCUUCUGCCUCACUGUCCUUUACCUGCUCUCCAUCUGGCUGGGCAACAAGUACAUGAAGCACCGGCCCGCGCUCUCCCUCCGGGGCGCCCUGACCGUGUACAACCUGGGCGUCACCCUGCUGUCUGCCUACAUGCUGGCCGAGCUCAUCCUGUCCAGCUGGGAAGGCGGCUACAACCUCCAGUGCCAGGACCUGGCCAGCGCGGGGGCCGCCGACGUCCGGGUGGCCAGAGUGCUGUGGUGGUACUACUUCUCCAAGUCCAUCGAGUUCCUGGACACCAUCUUCUUUGUUUUGCGCAAGAAAACCAGCCAGAUCACGUUCCUGCAUGUGUACCACCACGCCUCCAUGUUCAACAUCUGGUGGUGCGUCCUGAACUGGAUCCCGUGUGGGCAGAGCUUCUUCGGCCCCACGCUGAACAGCUUCAUCCACAUCCUGAUGUACUCCUACUACGGGCUGUCUGUGUUCCCGUCCAUGCACAAGUACCUUUGGUGGAAGAAGUACCUCACGCAGGCCCAGCUGGUGCAGUUCCUGCUGACCAUCACCCACACGCUGAGCGCCGUGGUGCGGCCCUGCGGAUUCCCCCGCGGCUGCCUGCUCUUCCAGUCAUCCUACAUGCUGAGCCUGGUCGUCCUGUUCCUCAACUUCUACGUCCAGACAUACCGGAAGAAGCCGGCGAGGACAGGCGUGGACGGGCGCCCCGCCGGGAAGGACGCCCAGAACGGCUCUGCCAAGGCCCGUGGCCCGGCAGCCAACGGCGUGACGGACAAGAAGGCCCAGUGAGCCCCGCAGGGCGGCCGCGGACCAGGCCAGAGCCAGACUGGGCCGUGAUCUCGGCCCCACAUCCACUAACUUCUCUCGCGUUUCUAAAUCACUUGCACUGGAAUGUACUAAGACACUGCUGUUAGGUUAGCCUGUUAGCGGAGGCUGCUCAGGGCAGCUCGGCUCCCUCCAGCGGCCCAGGGCCGACGCCUGGGCCUGGAGCAGGGCGGCUCGUCCGGCGGGUCCGCCAACAAAAGUUAGUUUGUUCAGGUUGUAACGUUUAAAGCAGAAAGUUAAGUCUUUUCCUACUGGGCACUCUGCCCAGUGUUAGCAAUAAGCGCCAGUGCUGCAGGGUCCUGCCCCCUGGCCCUACCCCCAACCCCAUCCCGGCUCCGCUCCACCCCUCACAGACCAGCUGGGCCACAGGCCGGGAAUAGUCUCUGCUUGGUUUUUCCUCAAGGGAUGAUUUUUCUGAGUAAAAGACCUGCGUCAGCCUCCUGGGGGAGCCUUGGGGAGCCGCCCUCUGCUUCCCUCGGGCCUGCCCCCCAGACCCGGUCAGGAGGCGCCAGGCUCAGACUCAUGGGCAGGACCAGCUGCCACCCGCUCCCCCACUGGGCCACCCUCCGGCGCCUGUGGUGCCGCAAUUCACAGGCGGGCCUUGCACCAUUCCACCAAGAGCAGGGGGUGGCGGCCAGCGGAAGGCAGUGGGGCGGCCCUCGGGCUGCCCUGUCCCCUACGGCCGCCUGCCCUGUGGCUGCCGGGGAGGAGGGGCGAGAGGCUAAGGGCAGGCCUGAGUCAGUGCGCAAGCAGGUGGCCCGGCCUGGGGCCUGCCCCGCCCCGCCCUGAGCUCUAGUUUUAAAACCCCUUGGGGCAAAGCACUGGGUUUUGUACCAAGUUUUCUCACUUCAGUUUCCAGUAAGCUGCCCUCUCAGGACCUGCCCUCGAGCCCCUCGAGCAGCCAGGAGCCCCUCCCUGUUAUUGUGAACCUCACCUACUCUGUCUGGGUGCUCGUUCCGCCUGGAGCUGAGCUGCAGCACAGGUCACGCAGGGCCCACUGGUGCCCGGGGGAGCAGAGUCGCAGCUAGCCCCAGCCAGGCGCUGUCGGCGCUGUCUCAGGCGGGGCAGGUGGCCACGAGGCAGCAGAUAGGCCGCAGGUCGGGCACCGAGUCCCUGGGCCUCCUGGUGCGUGGGGGUUUGGGUGGGGGUGUGGUCCUCAUCCCCACCAGGCCUCCAGGGUCACCUGGGGCUGAGAAACAGCUGCCUCCUCGGCCUCUGACCCUGGCUGGUUGAGUGUGCGUCCUGCUGCCAGCUUGCAGCUUAAGAGAGAUGUAAAGAGAAAAACCAAAACUCUUUCCCAGGGCCUCUCCCUGGUAGGCAUGAGGCUGAGCGGUGAUCCAAGAUCCAGACCCCACAGAGUUUGCUCAGCGCCUGCCUGUGGGGCUGUCGGGCUUCCUGGGGGCAGCUCCGUGGAGGCGGCUUGCUCGGGUCCCUGGGCUUGGGGGGCAGGCUGCUGCCCACGGGGUCAGGGCAGGGCACGGGCAGGAGAGCCCACUUUCUCUGUAGACACUUUCUCUGUGUGAUUACUGUGUAAUAAAUCGAUUUUUACACUGA